GGAUGUGUGAACCUUUCCCAAGUGUCAGCACAGCUUAUCAAGUGCUCUGCAAUGAGACCAGCAGCUAAGGAGCUGGAGGAAAAACUGGGCAGCAUUGCUAUCCCACCAACCCUGGGGUCUCCUGGUUCAGAAACAAUGGCUACCAGUGAGAUAUCCUUGGAGAUUCUACGCAGAAAACGACAGGAACUGAUCAAAAGUAUUCAAAGGGACUCAGCUAAUAUCUUAGAUGAAUCACUCGCCCAAUGCCUUAUCACAGAGGAGGAAUAUGACACCUUAAUUAAUACAGCAGAUAUAGAGACGCAAAGUAGGAAAUUGGUCAUUUUAAUACAGAGAAAAGGGAAAGUGGUCUGUCAGAAAUUUCUGAAGUCUUUAGAAAAUGUUCUUCCAGAAGUUAAUCAGGUGUUACAACCUCAAAAUGAUGGAUUAAAUCAAGAAUCAGAGGAUCCACAAACCCCUGCAGUACAAGGGAAAGAAGUCUUGUGCCCAGGACUGACAUUAGAUGCUCACCGAGUCCAAGAGCCAAAAGAGACAGGCUGUGCCAGAGCCCUGUUUACAUUGCCUCCUCGUCCUGCAGAGAGACAGAAAGCACGCCAGUACCUCGAGUCAAAGUUAGAAAUGUCAAAGUCAAGAAAGAAGAAGCUCCAGAUGUCUGAUGUUCUGGAGAUCAGUUCAGAAAGCAUAGGAGACUGGACUCCUCAGACACUGAAGGAUUUGCUUUGGUUUUUCCUGAGGAACAUCAUGGUUCUGCAUGGAGGGGCCAGAAGUUCAGGCCUGCUGCACAACAUACUUGAUGAUCAAGAGAGAAGGGUGGACAAUGAGGAUAUUGGUGAUGACAUUUUUGCCUGUAGUGACAUUGACCCUGACCUAUCUGUGAACCCCCUGGACCUGAUCUGUGCCAUCCUCCAUUGCUCAGAUGCUUUCCUUCAGCAGGAGAUCCUGUCCAAAAUGUCCACGUGCCAGUUUGCCCUCCCUCUGCUGCUUACUGCCCUCAAGACCCCUGAGUGCACCCUCCUGCUUUGGUCCAUGAGGAGUAUUGUGAAGAAGUGGACACCACAGCCCCUGGCAGAGAAAAGGGGGUUCAGAGAGGAGAAGCUGGUGCUCGCUAAAAUGCCAACCAUUUCCUUUGUGCGGCUGGGGCGCUGCAGCCUCUCCAAAUCUAGACUCCUCAAUGAGGUUCUCAGCCCCAGCCAGCAGCACAACAAUUUCUUUGUCCACAAGGACAUGGUGUCUGGGAAUGUCCCUUGGACACUGGCAGAUGGGUUGGUGGAGAUAUCCUGGUAUUUCCCUGGGGUGCGGAAGACUUCGGAUCUUUUCCCAGAGCCUGUUGCAGUUGCAAACCUGCGGGGAGACAUCAAAUCAUUUCCACUGCAGUUUUGCUUUUUAACAAGGGUCUCCUCAGCAGUGUUCAUUAUUACUGACAGUGUGAGCCAGGCAGAAUAUGAGUUUCUAUUAUCUCUGCAGGGAUCAACAGCUGACUAUUACUUCAUCCUCACCUGCCGGGAUGGGAAUACCCAGGAAACAGUGGAAUCACUAAGACGGCUAACCCCAGUGCUGAAACUCAACAGAACACACCUCCUAGUGAGACAGAGAAAUAUCAGCGAGGUAGAUUUUGUGAGAAAAAUACAGUCAAAUAUGAGAAACCUAAUGAAGGCUUCUCACAAGAAAAUGAGCAUCACGGAUAUGGCUGCUGCAGCACGCGAACUUGGAAUUCGGGUGGACGAAGACUUGGGGGCAUGUCAGGUGGGGAAAAAAUGGUCAAAAGGCAUUACCAUGGAAAUAAGAGAUGUGGCAAAGUACAAAAGGGAAGUGCUGAGGCUUCAAGGAGACUUGUGGAAAAGGUUGGCUAAAGUGGAAAAAGAGGUGUGCCGAAUGAGAGAACAAGGGGACACCCCACCUGAGAAAUAUAGAUCCCAGCUGAGAGCAGAGCAGUCUAAGUUACGUAGAGAACAACACAAUUAUGAGCUUACUCCUGGUGUGAUUAAAUUUAUUACUGCUUUACGACAGCUCCCUGCAGUGGAGAAACACUACUUCCUGAAAUGGCUGAAGUUUCAGCUGGAUGACAUUGCUAGAGGGCAUCUCUCUGGGCUACGGGCACAAUAUAAGGAGAAACGUAAACGUGGAGGGGGUGCUCCACAGCAGCUAAAGGAGCUAGAUAAAUUAAUUUCAGCCAGUUCCCUAGGGAUGGAGCAUUUCAUGAGAGAGCUGGGGCAGGCCUAUGAGGCUGAAUACUCAAUGGUGAAGGAAAGAAAAAAGGCAGAAAGCCAAAGGCAGUUCACCCACCUUGCAGGCAUUGCAGCUGAUUUGAUGCUGGAAGGGUUUCCUCUGGAGCUUAUCGAUGGAGAUGCCUCCAACAUCCCGCUGCAGUGGGUGACAGAUGUGCUGACUCAACUCCACACCAAGCUGGGGGGAAGGUCCCGGAUGCUGGUGCUAACAGUGCUGAGGGUACAGAGCACAGGGAAAUCCACCCUGCUCAACACCAUGUUUGGCCUGCAGUUUGCCGUGAGCAGUGGCCGAUGCACGCGGGGAGCCUUCAUGUUGCUUAUUAAAAUUAGGGAGGACUUUAAACAGAAGCUGGGCUGUGAUUUCAUUCUGGUGAUUGACACAGAAGACUUGAAAGCCCCUGAACUGGCCAAGCUGGAGGACAGCUAUGAACAUGACAAUGAGCUGGCUACCCUGGUGAUUGGGUUGAGUAAUAUCACCAUUGUGAACAUGGCCAUGGAGAAUGCCACCGAGAUGAAGGAUGUUCUGCAAAUUGCAGUCCACUCCUUUCUUAGGAUGGAGCAAAUUGGGAUAAAACCCAACUGCCAGUUUGUGCAUCAGAAUGUCAGUGAUGUGUCUGCCCAUGACCAAAACAUGAGAGAGAGGAAAAACCUGCUGGAGCAACUGAAUGAAAUGACUAAAGCUGCAACAAGGAUGGAAAACUUAAAAAAGCAAUUGAAAUUUUCAGACAUUAUGGACUAUGAUGCAGAGAAACACAACUGGUACAUCCCUGGGCUGUGGCAUGGAGAUCCCCCCAUGGCUUCUGUGAACAUAGCAUACAGCGAGCGUUUGAGCGAGCUGAAGAAAUAUUUGUUUGAGUUCAUGAGCAAACAGCCUAAAACAAGACAUGUCAAAGACAUUCCCCAGCUUAUUGAAUGGAUGAAGAGUCUGUGGAAUGCUGUGAAACACGAGAACUUCAUCUUCAGCUUCAGAAACAGCCUCGUGGCUGAAGCCUAUAGCGAGCUGUCCAAAAAGUAUGGAGAGUGGGAAUGGGACUUCCGCAAGGCCAUGCACCUCUGGGUGUCUGAAAAGGAAACUUACAUCCCAAAUCAGCCACCAGAUGUGCUAGACGCCAGUGUCUAACCCAGACUUCAGAGCGAGACACAGGAGAAGCUGAGGCAGGAAGCAGAUAAAAUCUUGCAUAGUUUGGAACUUUAUUUUGAAAGUGGGGUACCAAAUCUGCACCUGAUUGUGAAGUACCGGGAAGAUUUUAUCAGGAGUGUACAAGGUCUCAGAACUGACCUGCAGCAUUACUCGUUCAGCAAGUGCCAAGAAGCAGUUCGAAUUGCCAAAGGCCAACACAGGAUAGAUGCCGUUCUAUUAGAGUACAAUAAAAAGGUUGGCAAGAAAGUUGAUAGUCUGCUGCAGCACUGCAUGAAAAGCCAAGGCAAGCUAACCAGUAAUGCACUUGAUGAAGAAUUUGAAAAAACGUGGAGGGAAAUUUUGUCAGAGUUAUUACUUAUUCCUUUACAUAAACGUAACAUAUAUGAAGAAAUGGAGAUGCGUCUGAGAAAAGAUGUAGAAAACAAAGGGAGCGCAGUACAGCAGAUAUUAGGAGGGGCCCAGAGAUUGUCUGCUUACAAUAUGGGAUCUUUCAAAAUGAGACAUGAAUACAUAGAUUUAACAGAGAACAAAAAUUGGACACAAGCCAUCUUCUCACGUCGGAAGGAACGGAUUCCACCAGAAUGUUUUCAUAAGGUAGAUGCUAUGGCGAAAUCCUUAGUGGAUAAAUGCAAGAACUAUAUUGCACAAAAGGUCAGUUCCAAAGCUGAUUAUGAUGAAACUUAUUGCAGGGAGCUGUUGCGUAUGAUUAAUGAGCACCUUCACCAUAUUAAUGAUCAAUACAGAAGAACUAGUGCACGCUUUGAAAUUGAACUGAAACUUCACGUUCUAGGGGAGGCAGCUCAAGCGUUCCAGAAGAUGCAUGAAAACUUCAUUAGAGAAAAUGACCCUCAGCACCGCCUGGAGAAGCUGAAGCCUCACUACCUCUCCACAUUCAAAGAUCUUUACUUCAAGAGAGAUGGAGGUCAAAAGAGGGCCAGGAAUUUCUGCACCCAGUGCUUGAGACCUGCACUGGAGGACUAUGUGAACAAGAGGCUUGGGACAGAAAUUGUGGAUGAUUUUCUGCACAGUGAACAGUCAACUGAGUACAACAACUGGACUUUUUUCCAAUUUUGUGUCCUGAAGAAGCUGUUGAAAAAGAACAAUUUUGACAGCUAUGUGAGCUACAUAAUGAAUUACAUGGAUUUUGUCAAAACCUGGAUACAAAAGAAGUUGUUAACUCAUUACAGAAAGUAGGCAAGGCUUAAAGACUUGGAGGAAAGGAUUUUGUCUGCAAUUAUCAAGAAAGUCAGUGAUGUUCUGAACAACUCCACAGGUGGGGAGACUGAAACAGUCUCUGCCUUUUUACACUGCUUCUGUGAGGCACUGCAGCAGGACCUUGUCAUUCCCAAGGAGAGUUUUGAAGCGAUACUUUUUAAAAACAAAGAAAGUGCAGGUAAUUUUUCAGAUUUUCUACUGAAAUGUAUUCCUGAUCUCAAAAGAGAAAUCUUAGUCAGCUUUGAAAAGCAGGAGUUGAAGUCAAAACUCUCCAGACUUCCAGUGAGACCCCAGGAUGAAAUAUUUAAACGAGUGUUUGGCUGCGGGAAACAGUGUCCAUUCUGCAAAAUUCCCUGUGAGGGAGGAGGCAAACACCACAGCGAGCACUUUGCAUCCAUCCAUCGCCCCAAAGGUUUAGGAAAGUGCCACUGGGAUGAAACAAAGUUACUUAACUAUGACAUAUGCUCCUCUGCUGUGGUUUCCCGCCACAGGUUUAGAUGUGCAGAAACAAAUGGAGAAUUUCAUCCCUAUAAAGAUUAUCGCCAGAUUUUUCCAGAUUGGCGUAUCCAGCCAGAUCCCAGCAUUAAUGCUUCUGAUUACUGGAAGUUUUAGGAGUUCAAUCAGCAGUUUGCUAAGGAAUAUAAUGCUUGCCCUGCUGAUCUCCCAGAGGACUGGUAUAAAAUAACAAAACAGGAGGCACUGCAGAGCCUUCAUGAAAGCUUUAAUGAGAAGCCGGAAGAGGCUGAGUAAAUUCCUUAUAAGAGACAGUUACAAUAUGACAUCUUCUUUUGAUGUGGCAAUCUGCUAUUUUCCAAAAAAUUAAAUUUCAUACUCUUUCAAUCAAAGAUUUUGAAGCAUUUACAAAGAGACCUGUAAAGAGCCAGGUGUCCUAUGAUUAGAAAUGGAUUGACAUGGGAAAGAGAGAAAGUAAAACAUGUCUUCUACAUAGAGGCAAGGAUCCAGAGGCAAGGUUACCUUCUUCCCUAAGCUCUCCUGAACUUUUUCAGACCCUACUUUUACAGACUGAGAAAGAGGCACACUCUUUAACCUGAGAAGCAUGAUUAAGCCAUAUUGUACUUAAUCCACCCUACCUUGUAAUGCAAGCUUCUGCUCCUUAUUCAUCAUUUUUGUAGUGGCUGAAUAUGUUUGCUUCUGCAAAGAAGGGGAAGAGGGUGAUUAUUAUGUAAUGGCCCUUUUGCUCAUUUCUUUCCCUCCCAUAAAAACUGAGAAUCGAUGCUGAGACUUCAUUCUGAGGAAAAGCCUGAGCUCAGAGUCCCUGUUACAAGUCAGGGAAUGACUGAUACAGUCAAACAAAUUGGAACUUCCACCACCAGACAGUGGCUAAAGGGCCCAGGGUCAUAACCCAGAUGGAGAGGGAGCAGAAAGGGAGGGUAGGGCUUCCCUGAGUGCCCAGAAGCAGGAUAAGUCAUGGCACAUGAAGCAGAUAACAGCUGGGUGGCAUUUUAAUUGACACAGAGUUCCACAUGGGUUUCUCUCACCUUUUCUGUAUAUUCUAAUAUAAUACAAGGGAGGCCACCAGCGCUGGCCUGGCUCCCCCCAGCCCCUCGAUCCCCACUGUCAUGAUGGCGCUGUCCCCGCUGUCCCCCUCUGCCUCCAAGGAGCAGGGACACAGUGGGGGAGCAAGGCCAGUGGUGCUGGCCUCGCCCCUCUGCUCCGGCCCUUCAGUCCCCUCUGUCAUGUCGGUGCUUUCCCCGCCAUCCUCCCGCAGGGCUGGAGUUGAGGGGGGCAAGGAUAGCAGCGCUGGCCUCACCCCCCUCCCUAGCUCUGCUCCUUGGAGGCAGAGGGGGAUGGAGGGGGAGGUGGCACAUUCUCUUCAACUUAACCCUGAUCCUUUCUCCAGUGAUUUUGAUCACUUCCUUUCUUAGGGUCUUUCCAAUGGGAAAAUUGCCUCCUCUCCCCAGCCCUUAAGGGAAGAAAAAGGGACAUCUAUCAGAGUUGGUGACAAAUGUGAUGGAAAGGUCAUUUACAGGCUACAAAAAGGAAUAUUAUCUUGGCAGAGAUGGGAAAGACUAAGUGGCCCCCAGAACUGAAUGGCUUCCUAGGCAGAAAAGCACAUCAGAGAGAAUCAAAGAGCAUUGCUUAAAUUAUGAACAAACUGGGUAUAUGGGAUGAGGAAGAGGGUUUUUUUCCAAUGGGUCAUCACUUUUCUCUGCAAA